GGGUAUGUAGACAAAGAAAUCACUUCUUCAGUUUCUGCUACAAAGUGGUUUAACAAAGUGUGAAAAUUCACGUUGUGUUGUGUUAGUUUUAACUAAAAAAAAAGACAAGACUUUCUUUGAAAGAUGACUUUCUCUUUGAUGAUGCUGCUCCCAUUGAUGGUGAUCGGGUUCGUGGUGGCUUCGCCAGACAACACCAGUGACUUUUCCAGUGACUUUUCCAGUGACUUUUCCAGCUCCCAUACUAGCCAUCCGCAAGAUGGAAGCCGUGAGGAAUCUGAUGAACAUUCAACGUGGGAACUUGUUGGUGAAUUAGUUCAGGACUUCGAUAACAUCACAGCAGAAGAUCCCGAGGAGGUCCUACAAGACGCAGGGGAUCCUCCAAUGAUUUCCGAGGAUUUGUGUCUGGGUCUCUUCACGAAACUGGAGAAAACCCCCAAAGGCUUCGAUGACCUGAAACUAGACCAUCCGCAUAAUUUGACUCACGUUGUUUCAUAUUCAAGUUGCUUCAGAUCAAGAUGGAAUGUCAGAACCGUGUGUCCGGCAGCCUACGUCAGGUUCAGGUCCUACAGAUUUUGUUGCCAGCCUCCGGAAAACACGCCUAUCCUUACGAGGAGAGGGCACUUUCUCAAAUGUAGAUGCCCUUCAUACGAAGACCAGUAACAAGGCAAAGACCUCGUAAUUUUAAAAGUCACUCAUUAAUGACGGAAUGACUGUCAUGAUUUAAAGUGUUGGCCCUCUAUUCCCGUCAAAGAAAAUAUCAGAGACUGCUUUACGUUCUGAAUUAAAGAAAAAAAAAUUUCUCUAAUUCACUUUCGUACCUGGAGGCUUUUUGUAAAAAAAAAAAAAAAAUAAAAAAAAAAAAAAAUAAAAAUCCUGAUUUGAUAUGUAAGCAUCAAACUAAGAUUUGUGUAAGCACUCCUAAAGGAUGUUUGCCGCUUCCCUUCGGCCCUCAGAGGUUGAAAUUUUUAUCCUCUUACUUGAUCCCCAUUCUCCAUCCAUCCUUCAAUAUUGCUGUCCAACCUCUCUAUUCCCUCUCGUCAUUGUCUCAAACGCUGAAUGGCUGAAAAUACCUCAGUGUUUGCUUGAUGAUUUUCACUUGUCAAUAAGAAAACCUAUUGCUUUGAUUAUAUAUCCAUUUUGUCUAAAAUGUCAUUCAUUGUAGUUUGGAUUAUGUGUGAAAGAAAGAUUUCAUUUCCUUCACUUCAGGGUCAUGGGGAAUCCAUGUUCAUAUCAAUGUCUGAUCCAGAACAUUUCAAGACUUUUAAGGAAAUUUACCUCUGUAACCUAUUCAUGUGUAAAGUUUUUCUACCUCUUGUAUAAUUAAUUUGGUUAUUUUAAGUCACUGGAGAAAAUCAACCACAUUGCUCUGGAAAUUAAAUUAAAUAUAUAAACUUGUGUAUCA